GUGCCGACAAAGGGAGAGGCUGGGAAGGACGCCUGUAUGAAGACAGAGCUGCUCAAAGACGACAUACCCAUGGCUGCUGAUGAAGGGUUAGCAGAGAAGCAGGGAGGAGAGGCCCACAUGGCUGCAGAUGGCGAAACCAACGGGUCCUGUGACAAAAAUGAUGCCAGCAGCCACACAAAUGCAGCAAGACACACUCAGGAGAAUGCGAAGGCCUGCUCGCAGGAGGGCACCCACAGGCCGGCUCGCAUUGCGGAGAAUGGGGUUUCGGAACGAGAGGCCGACAUGGGAAAGCAGAACCACGUGCGAGCCGACGAGCUCACCCAGACAGCAGUUGUUGGGAGCAACGGCUUCUUCCUGGCCAAACCGGCCAUGCAGGGGCAGCCCCUGAGGACUAGCGGCCCCUUGGCACCCCCACUCCCUGGCCAUGCUGCCAAGACCCUGCCGGGAGGAGCAGGAAAAGGAAGGACUCCAGGCUCUUUUCCUCAGAUGCAAGCUGCAGUGCCCGCCAGGCUUGGGGAGGGGAGCCGGGAUGCCGAGGACAAGACGCUGCCAGCACCGGCGCCCCCAGGCCCAGAUGUCAAGGUCCACCGUGCCCGGAAGACCAUGCCGAAGUCUGUGCUGGGCCUGCAUGCAGCCAGUAAGGAGCACCGAGAAGUUGGUGAAGGCCGAGACCACAAGGAACUGAAGGAGGAGAUGAGCAGGAACGUGGCUGACUUUGGGAGACAGCAGCCAUUACCCCCGUUCCCACCCUUGCAUCAGUCGCUACCUCAGAACCAGUGCUACAUGGCCACCGCCAAGUCCCAGACAGCUUGCUUGCCUUUUGUCUUAGCAGCUGCAGUAUCUCGGAAGAAAAAACGAAGAAUGGGAACCUAUAGCCUAGUUCCUAAGAAAAAGACCAAAGUAUUAAAACAGAGGACGGUGAUUGAGAUGUUUAAGAGUAUAACUCAUUCCACUGUGGGUUCCCAGGAUGAGAAGGACCUGGGGGACAGCGGCCUCCAUGUGAAUGGGGAGAGUCUAGAGAUGGACUCUGAUGAAGAGGACUCUGAGGAUCUGGACGAAGAUGAUGACCAUGGGGUGGAGCAGGCAGCAGCCUUUCCCACGGAGGACAGCAGGACUUCCAAAGAGAGCAUGUCAGAGCCUGAUCGGGCUCAGAAGAUGGAUGGCGAGUCAGAAGAGGAACCAGAGUCAGCAGACACCGGCGAGGAGGAGGACGAUGGGGAUGAGUCUGACUUGAGUUCUGAAUCCAGCAUUAAGAAGAAAUUUCUAAAAAGGAAAGGGAAGGCUGAGAGUCCUUGGCUCAAACCAGCCAGAAAAAGGCGACGGAGGAGCAGAAAGAAGCAGAGUGGUGACCUAGGUUCUGAGGCGUAUAAAUCACCAUCAGGAAGCACAGAGCAGACUACCCCUGGAGACAGCAUGGGAUACAUGGAAGUCCCCCUGGAUUCUCUGGAUCUCCGUGUCAAAGGGAUUCUGUCCUCACAGGCAGAAGGACUGGUCAAUGGUCCUGGGAUGACAGACGCAGAUGGCCUCCAGGAAGUACCCCUCUGCAGCUGCCGGAUGGAGACGCCGAAGAGCCGAGAGGUCACCACCCUGGCCAACAACCAGUGCAUGGCCACCGAGAGUGUGGACCACGAGCUCGGCCGGUGCACCAACAGUGUGGCUAAGCUAGAGCUGAUGCGCCCUUCCAACCGAGUGCCGCUCCUAGUGCUGUGCGAAGACCAUAGGGCGCGGAUGGUGAAGCAUCAGUGUUGCCCUGGCUGUGGCUACUUCUGCACUGCGGGCAGCUUCAUGGAAUGUCAGCCCGAGAGUAGCGUCUCCCAUCGUUUCCACAAGGACUGUGCCUCUCGGGUCAGCGACGUCAGCUACUGCCCCCACUGUGGCGAAGAGGCCGCCAAGGCCAGAGAGGUGACCAUUGCCAAGGCCGACACCACUUCCACCGUGACUGUGGGGUCUGGACCAGAAAAGGCUCCCGUCACUGAGGGCAGAGCCGACACAACCACUGGCAGUGGUGCUGGGCCUCAGCUUGUGGAGGGAGACAAGCUGCAGAGUUCGACCCUGCAGCCCCCCGAGGGGUUUGAGCUGUCAGGACCAUCGGGACCUGUGAAGCCUCCAGGGGGCCUCCCCCAGGGGCUGGGCAAGGAGACCCUGGAGAGUGCCCUCAUUGCACUGGACUCAGAGAAGCCCAAGAAGCUGCGCUUCCACCCCAAGCAGCUGUACUUCUCUGCCAGACAAGGCGAGCUGCAGAAAGUGCUGCUCAUGCUGGUGGAUGGGAUCGACCCUAACUUCAAGAUGGAGCACCAGAGCAAGCGCUGUCCACUGCAUGCUGCUGCUGAGGCUGGCCACGUGGAUGUGUGCCACAUGCUGAUCCAGGCAGGUGCCAACAUCGACACCUGCUCUGAGGACCAGCGAACCCCGCUGAUGGAGGCCGCAGAGAACAACCACUUGGAUGCAGUCAAGUACCUCAUCAAGGCAGGCGCACUAGUGGACCCCAAGGACGCAGAGGGCUCCACGUGCCUGCAUCUGGCUGCCAAGAAAGGGCACUAUGAGGUGGUUCAGUACCUGCUCUCCAAUGGACAGAUGGAUGUCAACUGUCAGGAUGAUGGGGGCUGGACGCCAAUGAUCUGGGCCACUGAGUACAAGCACGUGGAGCUCGUGAAGCUGCUGCUGUCCAAGGGCUCUGACAUCAACAUCCGCGACAAUGAGGAGAACAUCUGCUUGCACUGGGCAGCGUUUUCGGGCUGCGUGGACAUCGCAGAGAUCCUGCUCGCUGCCAAGUGUGAUCUGCACGCUGUCAACAUCCAUGGGGACUCACCACUGCACAUCGCUGCCCGGGAGAACCGCUACGACUGUGUUGUCCUCUUCCUUUCUCGGCAUUCUGAUGUCACUUUGAAGAACAAGGAAGGUGAAACGCCCCUGCAGUGCGCUAGCCUGAACUCACAGGUGUGGACGGCCCUCCAGAUGAGCAAGGCUCAGCGAGACUCAGCCCCAGACCAGCCUGCCCCAAUGGAGCGGACAGUGAGCAGAGACAUCGCACGGGGCUAUGAGCGCAUCCCCAUUCCCUGCGUCAAUGCAGUGGACAGCGAGCCUUGCCCCAGCAACUACAAGUACGUGUCUCAGAACUGUGUGACAUCUCCCAUGAACAUCGACAGGAACAUCACUCACCUGCAGUACUGUGUGUGUAUUGACGACUGCUCCUCCAGCAACUGCAUGUGUGGCCAGCUCAGCAUGCGCUGCUGGUAUGAUAAGGACGGCCGCCUGCUGCCAGAGUUCAACAUGGCAGAGCCGCCUUUGAUCUUCGAGUGCAACCACGCCUGCGCCUGCUGGAGGAACUGCCGCAACAGGGUGGUGCAGAAUGGACUCAGGGCAAGAUUGCAACUCUACCGGACCCAGAACAUGGGCUGGGGUGUGCGGGCCCUGCAGGACAUUCCGCUGGGCACCUUCGUCUGCGAGUACGUCGGGGAGCUCAUCUCUGACUCAGAGGCUGACGUCCGGGAAGAGGAUUCUUACCUCUUUGACCUUGACAACAAGGAUGGGGAGCUGUACUGCAUCGAUGCGCGCUUCUAUGGGAACGUCAGCCGCUUCAUCAACCACCACUGCGAGCCCAACCUGGUGCCCGUGCGUGUCUUCAUGUCCCACCAGGACCUGCGCUUCCCUCGCGUCGCCCUGUUCAGCACCCGCCCCAUCGAGGCCGGUGAACAGCUAGGGUUUGACUAUGGGGACCGCUUCUGGGACAUCAAAGGCAAGCUGUUCAGUUGCCAGUGUGGCUCCCCCAAGUGCCGGCACUCAUGUACGGCCCUAGCGCAACGGCAGGCCAGCACAGCCCAGGAGACUCAGGAGGACGGUCUUCCGGACACCAGCUCCUCCACGUCCGCUGAGCCCUUAUGA